UUCUUCUUCCUCUCGAUCGCCCCAAAGUUUUUUCAUUUUCUCUUCUCCUUCUUCUUCUGAGGCGAUCUUCAAUCUUUUCGCCUAUUCUCGCACCUCUAAACCCUAGUUAAGCCCUAGAUUUUGCAUCGAUUUCACUCUAAUUUCAUCUCUCAUUGUCCUAUUCAGUCUUCACGACUUCACUGAAGCUUGAUUUGGGCUUGUGGAUGGCGUUUCUUGGUUGAAUUUCUUGUUUUGAAGUAGCAAAAUGUCUGUUUCCGAGCUUAAAGAGCGGCAUGUGGCGGCUAUUGAGACUGUCAAUUCUCUCAAAGAGCGCUUGAAGCAGAAGAGGCAUUCGUUGCUUGAUACCAAUGUAGCUGGAUAUGCGAGGUCUUUGGGGAGGAAUCCCGUCUGUUUUGGAGCUACGGAUCUUGUUUGCUGUAGGACUUUGCAAGGUCAUACUGGAAAGGUGUAUUCGUUGGAUUGGACUUCAGAGAGAAAUAGAAUUGUUAGUGCUUCUCAAGAUGGUCGUUUAAUAGUGUGGAAUGCUUUAACAAGCCAGAAGACUCAUGCCAUAAAGCUACCUUGUCCUUGGGUCAUGACCUGUGCUUUCUCUCCUUCUGGUCAAUCUGUAGCAGGUGGUGGUCUUGACAGUGUUUGUUCUAUUUUCAACCUCAACUCUCCAACUGACAGGGAAGGGAAUCUGCCAGUGGCUAGAACGCUUAGCGGGCAUAAAGGAUAUAUUUCGUCUUGUCAGUAUGUUCCAGAUGAGGAUACUCACCUCAUUACUGGUUCUGGGGAUCAAACAUGUGUCUUAUGGGACAUUACUACUGGGCUUCGAACUUCUGUUUUUGGAGGUGAAUUUCAGUCGGGACAUGCAGCAGAUGUAUCAAGUGUAUCUAUCAGUGGAUCCAAUUCCAGAACAUUUAUUUCUGGUUCUUGUGAUGCAACUGCCCGCCUGUGGGACACUCGGGUAGCUAGUCGAGCAGUUCAAACGUUUCAUGGGCAUGAAGGAGAUGUUAUAGCAGUGAAGUUCUUUCCAGAUGGUAACCGGUUUGGGACUGGUUCUGAUGAUGGAACUUGCAGAUUAUUUGAUAUCAGAACUGGGCAUGAACUCCAAGUUUACCAUCAGCUGCACAGUGAUAAUACCAACUCACACGUAACCUCCAUUGCAUUCUCUAUAUCUGGGAGACUUUUGUUUGCUGGAUACAAAAAUGGUGAUUGCUAUGUCUGGGACACCUUACUUGCAAAGAUGGUUUUGAACUUGGGAACACUUCAGAACUCACACGAAGGGCGAAUUAGUUGCUUGGGAUUGUCUGCUGAUGGAAGUGCUUUAUGUACAGGAAGCUGGGAUUCAAACCUGAAGAUAUGGGCAUUCGGAGGUCACCGGAAAGUAACUUAAGCAUGGGGGAAGAGUUUGAAUGGGGUGUAUUUUCUGUACUGCCUUCAGAUUCACUGCAAGGUUUGUGUUUAGUGUAUUCAUUCAAAUGCAUUGUUCUUGCUUGUUGAAAAUCCUUCAAAUUCUUAGGUAAGUAAAUCCAUACUCUAUGCUUGUAAGUUGUAGUAACCUUCUCUAGAAAGAUGUCUAAUCUGAACACUCAGAAAUAUUAUCAUUAAAAAAAAAGGUCAAAAAAUGGGUUCUUGAGCUGGAGAGUUCUUUUUGAAA